AAGUGAAAGGGAAAGUUGAUAACCUGAAAAUUGCGCGAGCAUGCGCAAUGAAAAACUUAGUCGUACGAUGCGACUGCCAUGGUCUGAUCCCGGAGUGUACACCGUAGUGGCGAUCUCACUGCGGUGCUUUUACAAUAAAGUUCUUAAGACAUAGACAAUUUAUUUAUAGAUAAAUACUGUGAUCAUAGCAAGUUUAGGCAAAGUAUAAUAAGUAGCGCUGUAGAUAUAGGUAGACUUUAUUUCAAAUGGUAACAGAAAAUAGUACAAUCGAUUUCACGUGUACAUAAACAAUUUCUUGUUAGAUUGUUUUGAAAAUGGGUUGUGUGUAGUGAAUUUUUAGAACGAAUCCAGUUCUAGCGACUCGGUACGGAGAGCGGCAGUGGUGAAUGAAUCCGGUCCUGCAUGAUGUCAAAAUUGAGCGAGAUCGACCAGUACCUAUGGAUGGUUGGAGGAUCAGCCGGCGCGCUGGCGCUGACGGGCGUCGCGGCUGCGUCGGCCUUCUACCUCAGCACGCGGCCCAAGCCAGAGAAGCCCCUCGUCACGCUGCAUGAGCAGAGCCUACUUGAACCAGGUCCAGAAAUGGUCCGAGUGUCAAAAUUCUACAAAGAAGCAAAAAAUGGUCGAUAUCUCCGUUACCUUCAUGAAGAUACGCGUACUCUGUACGAAACUUUCCGCCGAGGAGUUAAAGAAUCAAAUAAUGGCAACUGCCUCGGUUGGAGGGAAAGUCCAAAUAAGCCUUACGUGUGGCAGAACUACAAUGAGACCCUGCUGCGAGCGAAAAAUUUUGGAUCAGGACUUUUAUGUCAAGGUCUUACACCGGGACAAAACACAUUUAUAGGUAUAUACUCACAGAAUUGUCCAGAAUGGGUCAUGACAGAACAAGGUGCCUAUUGUUAUUCAAUGGUCAUAGUGCCACUGUACGACACACUAGGAGCCAACGCAUGUGCCUUUAUUGUUAAUCAGACUGACAUGUCGCUUGUCGUUUGCGAAGACGACAAGAAAGCGAACCUGCUGCUCGACCAGGCGCCGCGGUGCCUGCGGAAACUGAUCACCAUCAAGGAGGUGUCGCCUUCCACGCACCAGCGCGCCAAGAGCCGCGGCGUGGAGAUCAUCAAGUUCAGCGACGUCGAGUUCCAGGGGGCGCAGAAGGAUCACCCGUGUGUCCCGCCUAAACCCGAGAGCCUCUGCACGAUUUGCUACACGUCCGGCACGACGGGCAUGCCCAAGGGCGUGAUGCUCACCCACGAGAACGUAGUAGCAUCCAUGUGCAGCGUCAUCAUGCAGCUCGGCGAGCACCGGCCCGCCAAGACAGAUGUCAUGAUCUCCUUCCUGCCGCUCGCACAUAUGCUGGAGCGAUGCUGUGAGAAUGCUCUAUACAUGGUAGGAGGAGCUGUCGGCUUCUACAGCGGCGACAUCAGGCGGCUCGCCGACGAUCUACAGUGCCUGAAGCCCACGAUGAUGCCCGCGGUGCCGCGGCUCCUCAACCGCCUCUACGACAAGGCCCAGUCAGAGAUCUCCAGCUCCAAGAUCAAGAAGAUGCUCUUCAACAUGGCUUUGUCUGCGAAGGAAUCAGAGUUGAAGAGGGGCAUCAUCCGCGGCGACUCGGUGUGGGACAAGCUGGUGUUCCGCAAGGUGCGCGAGGGCAUGGGCGGGCGGCUGCGCAUCAUGGUGGUGGGCUCGGCGCCGCUCGCCGGCAACGUGCUCACCUUCGCGCGCUGCGCCCUCGGCUGCCUGAUCGUGGAAGGCUACGGUCAGACGGAAUGCACCGCGCCGGUGACUCUAACCGUUCAGGGCGACCACGUGCCUGAACACGUCGGGCCUCCCGUCGCUUGUAACAAAGUGAAGCUUGUGGAUGUGCCCGAAAUGGAGUACUACGCGGCGCAGGGCCACGGCGAGGUGUGCGUGCAGGGCGCUAACGUGUUCAAGGGCUACUUCAAGGAGCCCGAGAAGACCGGCGAGGUCAUCGACCACGACGGCUGGCACCACACCGGCGACAUCGGCAAGUGGCUGCCGAAUGGCACCUUGAAAAUCAUUGACAGGAGAAAACACAUUUUCAAACUGUCACAAGGCGAAUACAUAGUUCCUGAGAAAAUAGAAAAUAUUUACAUAAGAAGUCAAUAUGUCGAACAAAUAUUUGUUCAUGGAGAAUCAUUAAAGUCGUGCAUAGUGGCGAUCGUGGUGCCCGACGUGGACGUGGUGAAGUGCUGGGCGCUGGAGCGCGGCAUCAAGGGCACGUUCUCGGCGCUGUGCGAGAACCCCACCGUCAAGAAGAUGAUCCUCGACGACAUGCUGCAGUGGGGCCGCAACGCCUCGCUCAAGACCUUCGAGCAGGUAAAGGAUAUCUACUUGCACCCAGACCCAUUCUCGGUGCAAAACGGCCUACUCACCCCCACCAUGAAGGCGAAGAGGCCAGAAAUCAGGAACUACUUCAAACCCCAGAUAGAGGACAUGUACAAACAGCUCGAAUAACACUAGCAUACACUAGCUAAUUAUGUUUAUCACAAACUAUUUGUGACGUUGCAGCUACACUGGGCUGUUUUAAUAAAAUAGAGUUUGAUAAUAAAAAAUAAAAUUAAAGAUAUUAUUAGAUGUAAGUGGACACACCGCUACAAGUGCAUCCAUUUUAUUAAAACGGUCCAGAUCAUUAGACUAAACUGUGAUGUAUAACAUCACUAUACUCUUUAGUAUCCUAUCACAGUACAAUGUGUUCUUUAUAAUUUAUAAUUGUAGUCACUUUUCACUUUCUUAAUAAUAUCGUUUUACUGUUGAUAAGCGUAAAUCAGAAUGGCGGUGUCAUGGAAAAGUAUAGUGACAGUAUUUAAUGAUAUUUUUUAAAACUGCUUCGAAAUGAUCACGAGGUAUUUAGUCAAAAGCUUUGGCAAAAUUAAGAAAUUUUAAGCCAAUGUAGUUCCGGAUAGUUUGGUAGUUAAAUCUGCUUUCCUUCCGAUAGCAAUAAUGAGGAGCGUUGUGCCUCGGAUAGUCAAUUAAUAUCUUUCAUCGUUUUUGUAUCUUUCUGGUGAUCUGACUUAAUCACAAUCAAAUUCACUCACGAGUAGUGCAUACACAAAAUUAUCGUCGGUAUUAUGGUGGGCUAGUAUUUUAUUUCGUUAAUAGACAGAAAUAUUGCAAAACCGUCCGAAUUUCUAUGAGGCAUCAUAAUCAAGGCUCGGAAAAAUGCCCGUCGUUUUGAAAACAUAACCCUAUUCCUCAUAACAGAGACUUCUUUAUACCAAUGUCAACGAUUAAAUAUGGCCCAAUGAUGUGCGUAGACUCUGCACGAACAUUUGCGACUCGUAAAUGGGUCCUAAAAUGUGGUUGUUUUUAAAAUGACGGGCGUGUUUCCGAGGCUUGAUCAUAAUAUACUUAAAAGGAAAAGAAAAGAAACUGUACUCACCUUCUAAUCUUUAUUAUUAGUGUCAUCUGUUUAUAUCCGCAUUCUAUCUUUCAUGACUAUCCUUAGAACAUAAAUAUUCAAUUACAUCAGUGAUAUGCAUGUCACUAACAAUAAUAGAUUAAAAUUAAUUAAAAUCUUAAGCAAUACUUUUGACAGGUUAGUAAAUGUAUGAGAUGGAGGACAUAGAAAGCAUUCUCGAAAGUCUGCUUGGUUAUUUGGAAUAAUGUUACUAAGCAGCUUGCGGAAAAUCUUCAUUUUAACCGAAUUUGAUGUGAAAUAAAAAUAACCCCUUUCCAGAACUAAGCCAUACUUAGUUUGGUGUUGAGGUUUGUAUGUCAUGACAAAUUUGAUUUAAGUGAACUUUUUAUUGUUGAAGAAAGUUAUCCUAUAGGUAGGCUUUUUAUAGCUAUAGAAGGUAAUAUAUUGUGGUGGCAAAUCAACGUUGAAGGAAAAAAGUGAGCACAUCUAUACAUGUUAUCUAUAGGUACUGCGACUUACUCAAAAUAAUUAAACAAGACUAAUACCCACAUUUUAGCUGUAACGUUUUUGGAAACAAUAUUCACUGCUUAGAGUCACAUUAUAAAACAAAUUGUAAUAAAUUUAUACAUAGAAAAAAUCAUUUCGACAGCGCGUCUAGCUUGCAGUAUGUAAAUAUGGUGUAGCAGUUUUAUUUUCCUGAAGAAUAUCAUCCUUGAUGGGAUUUAAAGGUUUCGAAAAAACCAAUUGUUUGAAAAAUAGUAAAAUGGAACCAUUAAUUUUUUUUCUUGUGAUAUCGGAAGCAUAAGUUUAAAUUGUCAAUAAGCCAUAAUGCAUAAUGCACAUACACUUUUGGAAAGUUAUUUGUAACUUACCAUGAGUUUUAUAGCUUAUUUUCAGUGUAUGAAAUCAAUAUACAUAUGAUGACUUGUAGUGUAAGUAGGGAAUACUCGUAUUUUGAGCUGUGCCUUCUACCAGAUCCUUCACCAAAAGUUACUAUGUACUGUUGUGUUGCAACCAUUUUUGUGUUUCUAUCCGGCGUAACUAUUUACUAUAAAAUAUCAUGGAGAAGCCCCAACAUAUUUUGAAAACAAAAGCAUGUUUUGAAUAUGAAAAACUGCAUUCAAAUGAUUAAAAUAAACAACGUGAACGUUGGUUAGUAAAACAAAAAUGGGUGCAUAAUACAUACGAUAAUACUAAACACUACGUACUUAAAGAAAAAAUGGACAGAAAAUUACAACUAAGAGGCAAAAACAUAGAUACUAAAAGAAAUAUCCUUUUAUGUCUACAAAAACAACUACGAAAUGUCAGUCGACCAACAGUCGACAGUCAGUGUUGGCGACGGAAUAUACCGAAUAUAUUUUUAUUUUUAAUUUCUUUCUGAAUAUUGCUGAGUGGAUUUAAGUGAAAUGUGUGACUAGCGGGUGAAUCUCUGUUUGUUUGAUCGUGAUUAAACUGUCGAUUGCCUUAUUUUUAAAUUAGGUGGUAUAAUAUUGUACCCAAAGUAAACUAUAAUCGUAAAGAUAAAAUAAAUAGUAGGAUUCGAAAGCAAGUUAGUCGACAGUUUAAAAGUAGACGUUGACCGUAUAUCUCCUUAAAAUAACUGAAAUUUUGGAACAUGUAUAGGUCAAAGUAUUCGCACUUUGUUAGUAUAAUUUUGUAUCGUGUAUGCUAUCCGAUUGGUUCAGCUUUGAGCAGAACGCGGGGCGCGUUUCAUGUUGUUCAAACCAAAAUUUUGUUGUUAUUGGUGCAAGUUGCUACAAUAAUUUAUUUUUAAUAAAAAUUGAAAUAAUU